AUGGCAGAAGCACACGCAGACCAUAACAAGGACGCCCCUUACCAUCUCAUCUACUGGCAUGUUAUUCCAGGCCGUGGCGAGCAUAUCCGGCUCUGCUUCGUCGAAGCUGGCGUCCCCUACUCUGAUACUGCCUUUACUGAGGGUGGCAUGGAUACCUUGCACGCCUACAUCAGCGAGAACAACACCGGCGAUGAGAAGAACCCUCCACCUCUCGCUCCCCCUAUCCUUAAGCAUGGCGAUCUGGUCAUUUCACAAACACCCAACAUCCUAAUGUAUCUAGGUCCUAGACUCGGCCUGGCGGCAAACGAGGGCAACGACAUCUUCAAAAUCAAUGCUCUUGCCCUGACUGCUUUGGAUGGCCUGAGCAAUGAGGUACACAAUUGUCACCACCCCAUUGCCAUCGACCUGUACUACGAAGAGCAGAAGGAAGAAUGCCUACGCCGAGUCAAAGAUUGGGUAAAGCAUCGUCUUCCCAAGUUCCUCGGCUACUUUGAGCGUGUCCUCGCUGGUAAGGCGAGUGGCGAGGGACCGUGGCUUUACGGUGGUGUUCUCACGUGGGCCGACUUGGUCUUCUUCCAGACUCUUGAUGGAACUACCUACUUCUUUCGCAAAGCUGUUGCGGCUGCAAGGAAGUCCGGCAAGUAUGACCGCGUCUUCCAGCACUACGAGGCAGUCAAGGCGCGGCCGCGCAUUGCUGAGUACCUCGCUAGUGAUCGUCGUCAGAAAUACUCCAACUAUGGCAUCUAUCGCUACUAUGAGGAGUUGGAUGUAGAGGCUGAAGAAUAA